GCGGGAAAGCAGCACCUGGACCCUGUCGUCACUUGUCCAGUGCAGGAACCAAUGAAACGCGUCUCCAACAGCUCUGAGCUCGCGCGCGUGUCAGGAACUCGGCGCAUGUGCAGAAUAAAUGCGUACUCGGUCACUUGCAGGCACGGCAGCCUUCACCCCACAAAUUAGGGCCAACUCCAUUCCACCUUAACCCUCGUCAUAUACUUUAUCAAUUGCGGUAUUGGAAAAGCAGAGAUUAAGGGCUCGAGCCCGGAACCAAAUACACGAUUAACAUUCUAAGUCAUUAGCAAGAUGGCAACGCCAACUCCCGGCACCGGCACCUCGACGCCGCUCGUGCUCGACCCAGAAGAGACGACCAAGAGCCUAAACGUUUCUCUUGCCGAUCUCUCGGCCAAGGGGACCGCCCUCUACGUGCAAAAGCAGUAUGAGGAGGCUGCCGAGGUGUACGCGCAGGCCGCAGAGAUGCAGGCUGAGAUGAACGGCGAGAUGAACCCCGAAAACGCCGAGAUCCUGUUCCUCUACGGCCGCGCAUUGUUCAAGGUCGGCCAGAGCAAGAGCGAUGUCCUUGGUGGUAAGGCCCCCGAGGCCAAGAAACAGGCCAAGCCGAAGCCUGCCAAGGCAACCACCUCGAAGAACGAAAGCGCUCCCGCAACGGCAGAGAAGCAGAACGGUGCCACCGAGGUUGCCGGCUCGUCGGCCACUGCGAUUGCCGAAGCAGAGCACAAGUUGAAUGAGACGGCUGGAGAGGCGGCAGCGAAGGCGGCGGUAAAGCAGGGAACCGAAGGCUCAAAGCCCGAGAAGAAGGGUCUGUUCCAGUUCGAGGGAGACGAGAACUUCACCGAUUCUGAAGAAGAAGAGGAGAACGAGGAAGGCGCAGGUGAAGAAGAAGAAGAGGAGGAGGAGGACGACUUGGCUGUGGCCUUUGAGGUUCUCGACCUCGCGCGCGUCCUCUUCAACAAGCGACUCGAGGCUGCGCAAGCAGAAGACGAGGCGCGACAGGGCAAAGGCAAAGAGGUGGCCGAAGGCAGCGGCGACUCCGCCGUGGUCAGACACAUCAAGGAGCGCCUGGCCGACACGCACGAUCUCCUCGCCGAAAUCUCGCUCGAGAACGAGAGGUAUUCCAACGCUAUCACCGAUUCUCGCGCCUCCCUCAAGUACAAAGAAGAACUCUACCCCUUCGAGUCCGAAAUUGUAGCCGAAGCCCACUUCAAGCUCUCCCUCGCCCUUGAGUUCGCCUCCGUCACCAAGUCCUCGGACGACGACGACGGCAAGGAAUCCGCCGGCGGCGGAGGCGACCAUGUCGACCAAGCCCUUCGCGACGAAGCCGCCUCGGCUCUCGAAGCCGCCAUCAACAGCACCAAGCUCAAGCUGCAGAACAAGGAGGUCGAGCUCGCCACCCUGCACAACCCGGAGGACAAUGAGGCCACCCGUCGCCAGAUCGCCGACGUCAAGGAGGUGUUGGCCGAUAUGGAGCAGCGCCUGCUGGACCUGCGCAAGCCACCCGUGGACCUCAACGCCGCCCUGGGGAUCCCCUCGGCCCCCAAGACCGAGGUGUCGGAGGAAGUCAAGCAGAAGGCGACGGACCUGACCGGGCUGGUGCGUAAGAAGAGGAAGGCCGAGGGAGAGGCGAAGUUCGAGGAGGAGGCGGCGGCGGCCAAGAAGGUGCGGGAGGACGGCGCGGGCUCGAGUUAGAGGCUCAAUGAGCAAGAGGUGAUGGAUCCGACGGCGUUGGUGAGGUGGAGGAAGGAAACUAAGGUGGGAACGAAGCUUGAGGGGGGGUAAAGGCCAAGACCGCGCGGGAGGAUGAUAGAUCGAACUAGAAGAGGUCUGCAACUCCUGCGCUGGCCAUGGGGUGAGCUCAGGUGAGCUCUGUAUUGUGUAAGCUUUCAUAAGGGGGGCAUUCGGCUUGGUUUCCGGGUGCGGAGAGAAGAAAAGGCUUGGCUUGGGUGGUUAGUGUAUGCGGCAUGUUGUAUGAAUAUCCACUGGUUUUUUUUUUUUCCUGCUCCCGUCUUUCCCUUUUCUUUAUGCUUUGUUUCCCUGUUCGGUGGUGGCGUUGCUCGGAUGUAUGUACUUUGAAUGACUGUUUCAACUGGCC